AUGGCAGUCAACGUUACCCUCUCGGAACCAGAACGAGCAGCUCUCGCCAACAAGAUGGACUAUCUCAAACGUCUCCAUAACGCUGACGACGAGGACGACAGUAACGAGGAUGAUUCCGACGAGGGAUCAGGCGAAAGCAGGAUAAUCAGGCGGGAACCGAUCAAGAGCAGCGAUAGCAGCAGCGGCGAAGGUUCCGAUGACGGAACAAACAGCUCUGACGACGGCGGCUCCAACGACGGCACUUGCGGCGACACUUCCGGUAACGGCACUAGCGCUGACGCUCCCGUCGGUUCGGCCGAGCCUGGCCCAAGCCCUGCCGCGUCCACGACCCGGUUCGGCGAAAGCGGCGGGUUCACCUUCAGUCGAGACUACUUCAACGCGCUGUCAGCGGCUCGCGACGCCAGCAGCAGCAGCAGCACCAGCCGGCGAUCAAGUCUAGGCUCGUCUUUGGCCGCGAAACGGGAGAAGCAGGUGGAGAGCCGAUUCUUGGAAAUCGAGAUGCAGAGUCGGUCGUCGGUCGAGUCUUCCCAGACUGCUGGCGCGCAUGACUGGCGCGCGGCUCUCAAAUCCCGGGGCCGUACUUUCCAGACAGCGAAGCAAGACUGGGGCGCGAAGCAGGAGCAGCAGCAGCGGGUGGAGAGUCGCGAGGGGGACUUGGACGCCGGCAGGUUCACAAGCGGAAACGGGCCGUCGGAAACCGGCAGCAGGUUUUCCGUGGUGAGCAAGGGGAUGUUACACGACAAACUCUCGUCUUUUGACGGCAACGGUUCAGCGCUUGAUGCGGCGUACAACGCGGCGGCGCCGUCGCAAAGCGAGCGCGAGGCUUGUGAACGGCGCGCUGAUAGCUCCGCAGGCUCCGCGUUGGAGGAGGUGCGACGCGUGGAGCGGAAGAUUGAAGCCAUGGAAGCAAUGGAAGCCAAGCAAAGGAAAUUUGGACUGGAUUGCGCUCCUGAGUCGGAGCGGGCGGUUGAUGCUGAUCCGUCUCUCGACUCGAACGCCGUCGAACGUAAAAGGGAAGCCAUGAAUAGCACUAUCGAGUCGCCUGAGUUGCUGAACAAAGCGGCCAUGGAACGAGCGAUAGAAGCCAUGGAACGAAUCGGCGCGAGUGGCGGCGGGGAUGGCGGAGGUGGAGGGGACGAGGGAGCUGGGGGAAAAGCCGGUGAGGGGGAAAGCGGAGAUGCGGAAGAGGGGCGGCCGCGGGGGAGGGGGAAGGACGUGGCGGAACUUGAGAAGGAGGUUGAAGAGGCGAAGCAAGCAUCGCACCGCAUAGCCGUUAUGUUCUACCAGCAAGACCAGGAAAGUAAAGACCUAAGAGAGAAUCACCUGGCGCUCCAGGAGGACCACAAGCGGAUAUCGGUUCAGUUACAAGCGGCGCAGGCGGAGACGGAUGAGCUGUGGAACCAACUGGCGGCGGCGUCCCGCCAGAAGGAGGCGGCGGAAGCGACGGCGGCGGAACUGCGCCUGAAGAUCCGCAUGCUCGCGGGGAACGUGGAGGAGCUGGAGGAGGAAGCGGAGGCCGCCGGGGGGUGGGGCGGCGGGGGGAGAGGCGGAAGCGGAGGCGGAGGCGGAGGCGGAGGUGGGGGAGGGGGUGGCGGAACGACUGCCGUGGAGGGGGUGAGCAGUUUAGAGUCUGAUUUGGUGGGCUUGCGGAAACUGAAGGAGCUGGAAUGGGAGUUAAUAUCCGCGCGAAGCGCGCGCGACCGCGCUAUGACCGUCUUGGCGGGAAUGAGAGAGGAGUGGAAUAAUCUCCGCAAACUGCGCUUGCAGCUAGACGCGCUGACGGCUAGCAGGGAGGUUGUCGGCGGUUCUGCCGGCGCCAACGGCGGCCGCGGUGCUCAUGCGACGGACCGCGCAGCCAGGGGGAAACUUGCCGGGGAAGACGUGCGGGGAAGGGCAUAUGGGGGAACGAGACGGGGGGAGGAGGACACAGGGGAAGCGGGAGGGGAGGAGCUGUUGAAGGGAGUGGAGGCGGAAAUUGCGGAGGAGGCGGACAAGUGGCGGAAGGUGGUUGGUCAGCUGCAGGAGGAUCACGUGCGCGCAGUCGUGGAGGCGCAAGAUGCGGCGGAGAAAUGCGCGAGCGCGCGGAGGCAGGCGGAAGCCGCCACUGAAGAAGCGAUGCGGCUCAGGCGGGAUAUCGAGCGCGUAAGAGAGGAGAAGACUAUAGCGGAGGAGGAUCUGAGAGAUUUCCGUAAAGGAUGGAAAGACCUGGCCGGACAUUUAGAGACGUUUGCCGCUAAGGUGAGCGAAAUGGAUGCGGAAUUAGCGGUGAAGAGAAAGGAGAGGGAAGUGAUGGCGAUUGAGAUCGAACGGUCCGCGAAAGAGCGCGAUCUGAUUGCUGUGGAGAUCGGACGGAUGGAUCGGCUGGGCAAGGAGCGCGCGGAGGCGGAAGAAUCGGCGGAACGGGCGCGGGCGGAGAUGUGGGGGGAGCGGGAGAAGCGGCUUGGGGAAGUGCAAGAAGCGGAGGAAAAAGCGCGGCGGAUUCGCGAACGCGCGGGGAACGCGUUAGAAGCAUACGCGGAAGAGAGAAAAGAGAUCGAGAACAUGUUACUGCACCGAGUGCAAACCUUACAAUCGGCGGUGGAGGAAUUGCAAGGGCAGCUUGAUGACGUGCAAGGCGCGAAAACCAGGCUCGCGCACGCCGCGGGGGCGUUCAUGCGGGAGUUUCAGUACACUGGCGCAGGGGGAGGGGGAGGAGGGGGCGGAAGCGGAGGGGGAGCGGAAGGAGGGAGGUUUCGGGAGGCAGCAAACGAGUAUUACGGGGAAGGCGGGGGUUCCAGGGGAAUAGGCGCAGGGCGGGCCUUUUUGGAUGAUGCGGGAGGGAGGUUGGGAAGUCUUGGCCCUCCAUCUACUGGCGAUGGCUUGGGGUUCAAGAUUGGACGGUCAUUAGAGCAGGGCUUGUCUGGGCGGCAGAUAAUUGAAGAGCUGGAUUAUCUGUCUGAUGGGGGAGGCUUGGGAGGUGGCAACGGAGGCUCGGCAGGCUGCCGAGCCUCUGGUGCAGGUCGGGAUGAGACGGUCCGAGGCAUGGCUGGGCAGCGAAGUGUCGGGUCAAGAAGUGGUGGGCGAGGGGCGAUGGGGAUGACAGCAGCAGCAGCAGUGACUGGUGUAGACUAUGGAACAUCAUCCGCAGGGGGUCAUUCUCAUGUUUCUGCUAAUGCUGGUGGUGCUGGUGCAAGGAGGUGGAGUGCAGCAGCAGAGCUUGAGCACGCUUUACAGGCAGAUCGAGGCAGCGGUGGGGGUGGUGUUAUCGAUGAUGACUAUAUCCCGGAGGAGGCGACCGCAUCAGCUAAGAAGCGUAAGGCCCCGAGCAGCACUCCACGGACCACUAAAAAAGCACCUCGCACCACCGCCGCUUCGCCAGCAAUCCCGUUACCUUCCGCUGGCGGACCCCCAUUUGUAGAAACCCCCAACGCCGUCGGCCCAGAUGGGAAGACGAUCGAGGAGACUUAUCAGCGCAAGACGCCGCUAGAGCACGUGCUCCUCCGCCCGGACACGUACAUAGGCUCGGUGCAGACGCACGUCGGUCCGCAGUGGGUUUGGGAGCAGGGUCGGAUGGUACACCGCGAGGUUCGGAUGGUUCCGGGGCUGUAUAAGAUAUUUGACGAGAUUCUGGUGAAUGCGGCGGAUAACAAACAGCGCGACCCGAGCAUGGACGCGAUUAAAGUGACCAUCGAUACCGCCAAGAAUAAGAUCCAGGUGUGGAACAACGGCAGAGGCAUUCCCGUGGAGGUACACGCGAAGGAGGGGUGCUACGUGCCGGAGCUGAUCUUUGGACACCUCCUCACGAGCAGCAACUACGACGACUCGGCGCGCAAGACCACGGGCGGACGCAACGGGUACGGCGCGAAGCUGGCGAACAUAUUUUCGACCGAGUUUGUGGUGGAGACGGCCGACGGCAGCCGGCAGAAGAAGUACAAGCAGGUCUUUUCACAGAACAUGAGUGUCAGGAAACCACCAGUAAUCAAGGACUGCAAGCCCACCGACAAUUUCACCUCCAUCACCUUCCACCCGGACCUGGCCAAAUUCGGCCUCGCCUCUCUAGACGCAGACCACGUGGCACUCAUGAGCCGACGUGUCGUUGACGUGGCAGGGUGCCUGGGUAAAUCCGUGAAGGUCAUGCUGAAUGGCACCCGCGUGCCUGUGAAAUCGUUUGCGGAUUACGCGGGGUUGUAUCUUGCUCCUCCCCCGCCGCCCACCCCGCAAGCCCCUGCCACUCCGCCGUCGUCAGGGGAAGGGGGGAGCGGAGAGGGGGAGGGGGCAGGGGCGGAAGGAGGAGUGUCUGCAGCAGAAGCGGCAGCAGCAGCAGCAGCAGCUGCUGCUCACCCUUCGACUCAUGAGAAGCUCCCAAGGAUCCACGAGAGGGUGAAUGACUGCUGGGAGGUGUGCGUGUCUACGAGCGAUGGGCAGUUCCAACAGGUCAGCUUCGUGAACGCCAUCGCGACCACACGGGGAGGCACGCACGUGAACAUGGUAUCAGAGCAGAUCGUGCGGUACCUGCUGGACAAGGCGCAGAAGAAGGCUGCCACUGGCAAGCACGGGUCCGCCAGUGGCGCUGCUGCCAUCAAACCCCACCAGGUGCGCAGUCAGCUGUGGGUGUUUGUGAACUGCCUGGUGGUGAAUCCAGCCUUUGACUCGCAGACCAAGGAAACGCUCAACACACGCCCCUCUGACUUUGGCUCCAAGUGCCACCUCUCGGAAGACUUUCUCAAGAAAGUGGCUGCCAAGUGCGGGAUAGUUGAGCAUCUGUUGUCGCUAGCGGCACACAAGCAGACCAAGGAUCUGAAGCGCAGCGAUGGCAGCAAGAGGCAGCGCGUGUCGGGCAUAACGAAGCUGGACGAUGCUAAUGAAGCUGGUGGCAGGAAUGCAGAGCACUGCACGCUCAUCCUAACCGAAGGGGACUCUGCCAAGACUUUGGCGGUGUCAGGGCUGAGUGUGGUGGGUCGCGACCGCUACGGCGUGUUCCCCUUGCGAGGCAAGCUGCUGAACGUGAGGGAUGCAUCGCACCGGCAGAUGAUGGAGAACACAGAGAUCGGCCAUCUGAAGCAGAUCCUGGGGCUGCAGCACGGCAAGAACUAUGAGAGCGUGAAGGCUUUGAGAUACGGACACCUGAUGAUCAUGACUGACCAGGACCAUGACGGGUCCCACAUAAAAGGUCUUCUGAUCAACCUCCUGCACUCGUGCUGGCCGUCCCUGCUCAAGCACCCCUCCUUCCUGCGCGAAUUCAUCACCCCGAUCGUCAAAGCCACCGGGCCCAGGGGCCGCACCCUCGCCUUCUACACCAUACCUGAGUACGAGGCUUGGAAACGAACCUUAGGCUCGGACGCGAGGCAGUGGAAGGUGAAGUACUACAAGGGUCUGGGCACGAGCACGCCCAAGGAGGCAAAGGAGUAUUUCACACAGCUGGACCGGCACAGGAAGGACUUUGAGUGGCGAGGGGAGGGCGACGGGGAGCGGAUCGAGAUGGCGUUCAGUAAGAAGGCGGUGGAUGCAAGGAAGCAGUGGCUGCGGUCGUAUGAGCCCGGCACAUAUCUCGAUCAAACAGCGCAGCGCAUCAGCUACAGCGACUUUGUGGACAAGGAGCUCAUCCUCUACUCCAUUGCUGACAACAUGCGCUCCAUCCCCUCCGUGGUGGACGGCUUAAAGCCGGGGCAGAGGAAGAUCCUGUUCUCGUGCUUCAAGCGCAAGCUGCAUUCAGACAUCAAGGUGGGUGGGUGGGCCUCUGUGGACAAGGAGCUCAUCCUCUACUCCAUUGCUGACAACAUGCGCUCCAUCCCCUCCGUGGUGGACGGCUUAAAGCCGGGGCAAAGGAAGCUCCUGUUCUCGUGUUUCAAACGCAAGCUGCAUUCAGACAUCAAGGUGGGUGGGAUCAACUCCAGGUGGGGCUUUGUGGACAAGGAGCUCAUCCUCUACUCCAUCGCUGACAACAUGCGCUCCAUCCCCUCCGUGGUGGACGGCUUAAAGCCGGGGCAGCGCAAGAUACUGUUUUCCUGCUUUAAACGGAAACUGCAUUCAGAUAUCAAGGUGGACAACAUGCGCUCCAUCCCUUCCGUCGUUGAUGGGCUGAAGCCAGGGCAGAGGGAGAUCCUGUUCUCGGAUAUCAAGGUGGCGCAGCUGGCAGGGUAUGUCUCAGAGCAUGCGGCAUACCACCACGGCGAGCAGAGUCUGAUGAGCACCAUUGUGAACCUCAACCUCCUUUCCUCCCCCCGUACUUCCCCGUGCCUCCUUUCUAUCUGUGUCUGUAUGCAGGUGGCGCAGCUGGCAGGGUACGUGUCGGAGCAUGCGGCAUACCACCACGGCGAGCAGAGUCUGAUGAGCACCAUUGUGAACCUCAACCUCCUUUCCUCCCCCCGUACUUCCCCGUGCCUCCUUUCUAUCUGUGUCUGUAUGCAGGUGGCGCAGCUGGCAGGGUACAUGUCGGAGCAUGCGGCAUACCACCACGGCGAGCAGAGUCUGAUGAGCACCAUUGUGAACCUCAACCUCCUUUCCUCCCCCCGUACUUCCCCGUGCCUCCUUUCUAUCUGUGUCUGUAUGCAGGUGGCGCAGCUGGCAGGGUACGUGUCGGAGCAUGCGGCAUACCACCACGGCGAGCAGAGUCUGAUGAGCACCAUUGUGAACCUCAACCUCCUUUCCUCCCCCCGUACUUCCCCGUGCCUCCUUUCUAUCUGUGUCCGUAUGCAGGUGGCGCAGCUGGCAGGGUACGUGUCGGAGCAUGCGGCAUACCACCACAGCGAGCAGAGUCUGAUGAGCACCAUUGUGAACCUCAACCUCCUUUCCUCCCCCCGUACUUCCCCGUGCCUCCUUUCUAUCUGUGUCUGUAUGCAGGUGGCGCAGCUGGCAGGGUACGUGUCGGAGCAUGCGGCAUACCACCACGGCGAGCAGAGUCUGAUGAGCACCAUUGUGAACCUCAACCUCCUUUCCUCCCCCCGUACUUCCCCGUGCCUCCUUUCUAUCUGUGUCUGUAUGCAGGUGGCGCAGCUGGCAGGGUACAUGUCGGAGCAUGCGGCAUACCACCACGGCGAGCAGAGUCUGAUGAGCACCAUUGUGAACCUCAACCUCCUUUCCUCCCCCCGUACUUCCCCGUGCCUCCUUUCUAUCUGUGUCUGUAUGCAGGUGGCGCAGCUGGCAGGGUACGUGUCGGAGCAUGCGGCAUACCACCACGGCGAGCAGAGUCUGAUGAGCACCAUUGUGAACCUCAACCUCCUUUCCUCCCCCCGUACUUCCCCGUGCCUCCUUUCUAUCUGUGUCUGUAUGCAGGUGGCGCAGCUGGCAGGGUACGUGUCGGAGCAUGCGGCAUACCACCACGGCGAGCAGAGUCUGAUGAGCACCAUUGUGAACCUCGCCCAGGACUUUGUGGGCAGCAACAACGUCAACCUGCUCGUGCCCUCGGGGCAGUUCGGCACACGCCUGCAGGAGUCGAAGCGACACAGUGAGCCCCAGCUACAUCUACAUGUGCUAGCAGAAGCUGAUGUAUUUGCGCCCUCUUCCAUCCUCUCUGCCCUAUCGCCGCCUUUUCUCCCUCCUCUCCCUACUCUCCCUCCUCUCCAGCCUCUCCCUCCGCUCCCUCCUCUCCCUCCUCUCCCUCCUCUUCACCUCUCUCUCCUCUCCCUCCUCUUCCGCCUCUUCCUCCUCUCCCUACCCUCCCUCCUCUCACUCCACUCCCUCCUAUCGCUUCUUUCUCUCCUCUCUCUUCUCUCCUCUGUCUCCCUCCUCUCCCGCCUCUCCCACCUCUCCCUCCUAUCCCUCCUCUCCCUCCUCUCCCUCCUCUCCCUCCUCUCCCUCCUCUCCCUCCUCUCCCUCCUCUCUCUUCUCUCUCUUCUCUCCCUCCUCUCCCUCCUCUCCCUCCUCUCCCUCCUCUCCCUCCUCUCCCUCCUCUCCCUCCUCUCCCUCCUCUCCCUCCUCUCUCUUCUCUCCCUUAUCUCCCUCCUCUCCCGCCUCUACCACCUCUCCCUCCACUCUCCCCUUUACCACCUCUCCCUCCUAUCCCUCCUCUCCCUCCUUUCCCUCCUCUCCCUUCUCUCCAUCCUUUCUCUCCUCUCCCUGCUCUCGCUCCUCUCCCUCCUCUCGCUCCUCUCCCACCUCUCCUUCCUCUCCCUCCUCUCCCUCCUCUCCCUCCUCUCCCUCCUCUCCCUCCUCUCCCUCCUCUCCCUCUUCCUCCUCGUCCUCCCCUCGGCCCUUCCUGUGUGUCUACCUCAGGGCGGCAAGGACGCGGCAAGCCCCAGGUACAUCUACACGCGCCUGCACAGGCUGACACGUGUCAUCUUCCCAGUGGCUGACGACGCCCUGCUGGAAUACCUGGAUGACGACGGGCAGAGGAUCGAGCCCAAGUGGUACGUGCCCAUCCUUCCCAUGGUGCUGAUAAACGGCAGUGAAGGCAUAGGCACGGGGUGGAGCUCGUACGUGCUGACGUUCAACCGUUUGUCUUGCCCUCCCACCCCUCCCCCUCCCUUGCCUCCUCCCAGGUACGUGCCUAUCCUGCCCAUGGUCCUCAUCAAUGGGAGUGAGGGCAUAGGCACGGGGUGGAGCUCGUACGUGCCUAUCCUGCCCAUGGUCCUCAUUAAUGGGAGCGAAGGCAUUGGCACGGGGUGGAGCUCGUACGUGCCGACGUUCAACCCGCGGGACGUGGUGGCAAACCUCAAGAGGCGCAUGAGGGGCGAAGCGAUGCUGCCCAUGCACCCCUGGUUCCGUGGCUUCAAGGUGCGGUUUCACAGGGAAGGGCAUGUUUGGGAAGGGAGGGGGUUCAAGUGGGGCGGAAGGGGGUGGCAGGGUUUGUCGUUUAGUGGUUUUGAAAAGGGGGGAAUUGGCACGGGGUGGAGCUCGUACGUGCCGACGUUCAACCCGCGGGACGUGGUGGCAAACCUCAAGAGGCGCAUGAGGGGCGAAGCGAUGCUGCCCAUGCACCCCUGGUUCCGUGGCUUCAAGGUGCGGUUUCACAGGGAAGGGCAUGUUUGGGAAGGGAGGGGGUUCAAGUGGGGCGGAAGGGGGUGGCAGGGUUUGUCGUUUAGUGGUUUUGAAAAGGGGGGAAUUGGCACGGGGUGGAGCUCGUACGUGCCGACGUUCAACCCGCGGGACGUGGUGGCAAACCUCAAGAGGCGCAUGAGGGGCGAAGCGAUGCUGCCCAUGCACCCCUGGUUCCGUGGCUUCAAGGUGCGGUUUCACAGGGAAGGGCAUGUUUGGGAAGGGAGGGGGUUCAAGUGGGGCGGAAGGGGGUGGCAGGGUUUGUCGUUUAGUGGUUUUGAAAAGGGGGGAAUUGGCACGGGGUGGAGCUCGUACGUGCCGACGUUCAACCCGCGGGACGUGGUGGCAAACCUCAAGAGGCGCAUGAGGGGCGAAGCGAUGCUGCCCAUGCACCCCUGGUUCCGUGGCUUCAAGGUGCGGUUUCACAGGGAAGGGCAUGUUUGGGAAGGGAGGGGGUUCAAGUGGGGCGGAAGGGGGUGGCAGGGUUUGUCGUUUAGUGGUUUUGAAAAGGGGGGAAUUGGCACGGGGUGGAGCUCGUACGUGCCGACGUUCAACCCGCGGGACGUGGUGGCAAACCUCAAGAGGCGCAUGAGGGGCGAAGCGAUGCUGCCCAUGCACCCCUGGUUCCGUGGCUUCAAGGUGCGGUUUCACAGGGAAGGGCAUGUUUGGGAAGGGAGGGGGUUCAAGUGGGGCGGAAGGGGGUGGCAGGGUUUGUCGUUUAGUGGUUUUGAAAACGGGGGAAUUGGCACGGGGUGGAGCUCGUACGUGCCGACGUUCAACCCGCGGGACGUGGUGGGGAACCUCAAGAGGCGCAUGCUUCCAUGCUGCCCAUGCACCCCUGGUUCCGCGGCUUCAAGGUGGGUUCUGGAAGGAGAAUGGGGAGAAGGGUGA